CUUCAGAGAUGCAGCACUGUGUGUUUGCUAAGUUAGUUUGAUGCAGCGCGAGCGGCUGACCCGUGCUGCUUGGACGUGUCUGAGGGGCUUUUAACAUGUGGAAGAAAAACAAAACACCGGAGUAACUUUAAGGUUUUUAUCAAGAAAGCGCAGAGGAAAGUUUUACUGAGGACAGAAGUCGUCGGGAGGAAAGAAGUUGGAUAAUUCGCUCCAGAGGCCUGAGUGCCAUGCCAGAGGGGUCCCAUUCUGUUCUCUACCAGGGCCCAAUGGGGGAAGAAUCUCCUCAGUUGUCAUCGCCCCUCUCCACCGGUGAACAUGUCCAGGCAAACGUUGACUUGGGCCCAGACUGCUACAGCCGGCUAUUUGUGGAGCCACUGGACGGAGAGGGUGACCGUCCAGUGAGCCUCGUGUCCACCCUGUCCUCUGGGUCGUCCCGAGACAGCCGCAGCACUUUCGGGAGCACCGUAGCUCUUCCCUCGUCCACCACCCCACCUAUACAAAGCGAGGAGGACAUAGACUUGGAGCUGAGCCCAGCAGACAGCACCAGAGAGCGGAGUCCAACCCUCAGCUGCUCUAGGGGCCGCUGGCAGGAGCGGCUGGAGCCCCGGGUGAUCAGCCACCAGUGGAACAACAACAACGCCACCUCCAACAGGAAGGCCAGCGGCAAAGUACCUCAUAUCCACCACUCGCCUGUCGUCACGCACGCCAUGGCGCCCAACCCAAAGCUGACCUAUGUGGAUCGUGUUGUCAUGGAGAUCAUUGAGACAGAGCGCAUGUACGUCCAGGACCUGCGCAGCAUCGUGGAGGACUACUUGGCUUACAUUAUCGAUAUGAAUAACCUUCCUAUACGGCCAGAGCAAGUGUGUGGCCUGUUUGGGAACAUAGAGGACAUCUAUGAGUUCAACAGUGAACUGCUGCAGUCCUUAGACAUGUGUGAGAACGACCCUGUGGCUAUCGCCCGCUGCUUUGUAGAUAAGAGUGAACACUUUGAAAUAUACACUCAGUAUUGCACCAACUAUCCCAACUCAGUGGCAGCACUGACCGACUGCAUGGGGAGUAAAACUUUGGCCAAGUUCUUCAGGGAGCGACAGGCUGAUCUGAGGCGCUCCCUCCCUCUGGGCUCCUACCUGCUGAAGCCGGUCCAGAGGAUCCUGAAGUACCACCUGCUGCUCCAGGAAAUAGCGAGGCACUUUGACCCGGACGAGGAGGGCCAUGAGGUUAUUCAGGAGGCCAUAGACACCAUGACCGGAGUGGCCUGGUACAUCAACGACAUGAAGAGGAAACACGAACAUGCUGUCAGAGUGCAGGAGAUACAGUCUCUUCUGAUAAACUGGAAGGGUCCUGACCUGACCACCUACGGAGAGCUGGUGCUGGAGGGAACCUUUCAUGUCCUGCGGGCGAAGAACACCCGUACGCUCUUCCUCUUCGAAAGGAUGCUCCUCAUUACCAAGAAAAGAGGAGAACACUACGUCUACAAGAUCCACAUCUCAUGCGCCACCCUGAUGCUACUCGACAGUGCAAAGGAUCCCCUGCUCUUCAGUGUCAUCCAUUUCAAGCAUCCCAAGCAACCCCAUACUGUGCAGGCGAAGUCAGUAGAAGAGAAGCGUCUCUGGGCCCAUCACAUUAAGAGGCUCAUUCUCGAGAACCACAACACCAUCAUCCCACAGAAGGCAAAAGAAGCCAUCCUGGACAACUCUAACUAUCCGGGGAAGUACCACUAUAGUCCUGAGAGGCUGAAGAAAACAGAGUCCUGCAAUUCUGACGACUUCCAUGAUGCAGGGAGAAAUGGGAGAAGGAGAUCAGAGCCUGCAAAACAAAUCAUGAGGACCACAAAAGCUGUUUUAAAGCACGCAGACAGUGAGGGUGCACUGCUGGGGGAGAGGUGCUCCCUUCAGCCGGACACUAGUGUCAGUGUGCUGGCCUCCAGUGUAGGCGAGGAGAGGUCAUGCGUGGAGAGUCUAAUUCCCAGAAGGCACUCUCUGGAGCCCCUAAGUCCUACUAACAGUGACCUGAAACUGGUCUCUCUGGAGCUGGAGAAGGCAGAAGAGGAAGAGGAGGAGAGUUACAUGGAGGAUAUACUGAUGGGAGACGACCAGGUAGCCGACUUUGCCAGCUCAGUGCUGGCGGCCAUCUCCUGCUGGCACUAUAGAGCCAGGGCUUUGCUUUCUACUCACUUCACAACGGAUGAUCAGAAUAAAGAUACGGCUGAACUGAAAACUACACGGACGGAGGAGGUAGAAACUCACAGCCAGGAGGAACAACAUGUGGAUGUGGCUGCCAAAGAAACUCCUGCCACACAGGCCAAUGUGGAGGAGCUGUGCCCUCCAGAUCGUGUCCCUCAAGUGAAGAAGAGUGAUCAUCAAGAGGUGCAUCACCCCCAGCGCCCAGAAUCCCCCGUCUCCCCUCUCCAACAAGAUGACGACACCCAAGAACCUCUAGAUACCUCGAGAGAAACUGUGGAAGAAGGAGAAGGAGAGAGUGACUCCUCCGUUCUCCAAGUGGAUGAAACGAGCGUACUGACGAACGGGGAGCUUUCAGAGGAGGAAGAGGAGGGUCUCUCAGACGAUAAAAGCAUCCUACCUUCCUCUGUGUUGGACCAGUCCAGCGUGAUAGCAGAGCGCUUCAUCAGCAGCCUGUCCAGGAGGAGCAGCCUGGUCUCAGAGGACUUGGGGUCCCUCGCCUGCCCCUCGCCCUCAGUAGAAAAUGAAGUCUUAAAAAGCCCCUCAGCUUGCAUGGACUUAGAGCAACACGCCCGGAUGUUGGCUCAGUCGUCUCCAGAGCAUCAGGUGACCUCAGAGACUGAUCUGUCAAUGCCUACAAACGAUCCUGAACUGCACGCUCUGAUUGAAGGGGAACUCGGGUCCACUCUCUCCAAACUAGACCGCCUCCUCAUCCGCAAGAUCAGAAGAUACUACGAGCACGCCGAGCACCAAGACGCUAACUUCAGCAUCAAGCGCAGAGAGAGCCUCUCCUACAUACCAGCAGGUCUGGUCCAGCAUCUGAGCCGACAGCUCAACAGUGUUCCUCAGGAAGAAGGUACCCCGGUCAGCAGGAAAGGCCUCUCUCGCAACCGGCCCACUUCCUGGUCAGUGUUUGACCUUCCUGGCUUGGAAAAGAAUCGGAGCGCUGGCACUCCUCAAAAGACUGAACCACAGAGGGCAGUGGGAGCCAAGGCUAGGUCUCAGAGCAUUUCUGAGGCCUCAGCCAGCACAGAAGAAGAGUUCCGACCUUCAUCAGAAAUGCACAAGGUUUGGCAAGAAAUGGAGAUGGCGGAGGAGAACGAGCACAUCCUGCAGAGUGCAGAGGAGAUGCUUAGCGACUCGAGCUUAGAUGUGGCGCAGGAUACCAGCGCAGACCUUUCAGACAUUAAAAUCAAUAGGCAACCAUCUCUGAUUUUAGAAGAGUCUGAAAUAAGCUCCGCCUCAGAUCUCUCCCCCAUCUCAUCUCCUACAACAACCUUUCCAGCCCUGGAGGGAGGAUCCAGUCAGGACUCUACGUCUCAAGACAAGAGCCAUGCCGACCAGGCCCAACUACCCAGGAUCACAAGCUUACGGGCAAGUCUGGACGAGGACCAGAUCCUGCAGGACAUGGGGAAGAUGAAAAACAAGGUGUUCCAGCUCGCACGUCAGUACAGUCAGCGCAUCAAAAACAACAGACCAUUGGUCUGGCAGAGGAACCGAGAAAAAGCGAAUCAACAAGCCUUCAAGAGUUUGCCUGCAGUUCAAGAAGAGAAAGUACAAUUGAGGAAAAAGGGUAACCCCAACCUGAGAUUGCCCUUGAACAUUUGCAAUCAAGCGGUCAUCCAUGAGGAGCGUUCUCCAAGUCCGGAGAAGACCCCCAGCUCUGCAGCCAGCCCACAGAGCCCGCCCCCGGAGACCGAGGCCUUCCAUUGGCCUCACGUACAGGAGCUGCGCACCAAAUACACAGACCCCUCCCACUCCUCCAGAGUAACCCGUAGCUGCACGGCCCCAAACGGGCUGCUGGAGUGCAGCACAGAGCGGUGCAAUGGCUGCUCACACAAGUACAGCAGCUCCUCUGACCUCCAUGGCGCUCCGACUGACUCCCUCAGCCCACAGUCUGAAUCGGGGAACAAAGAAAGUUGUGCUGUGGAGGAUUGGGCCCAGCCCCUGCUGUGCAGGUGGAGCUCCUUAGACCACAUGUUAGGGUCUCUUCCACUCAAUGAAGUACAGAACCUUAAGGACCCUGUGAGGACCUGCCUGUCAGUCAGUCAGGUGUCUCUGACAAAAAGAGAAACAGGCAAAGAUUUGGACAGCGUUCUCCACGAGGAGCUGGACUAUACCAAUAAGUCUGCUGCGCCGGGUUCAGGGAAAAUUACAGAAAGUAAUCUGGUGAAAAGCUUACGAGAGAAGUUCCAGAGCUUGACCACCAGCUCAUGAUAUACGAUUUAUGAACAUUUUUAUUAUCAGGGACUAUCAUGUGAAAACAUUGUCUGCCUGACACUUCCUGCCCUGUUUCUUUUUUACCCCCAAAAGAAUGCAACUUGUCUGCACAUUGUUUUCACUAUAGGUCAUGGUGAUGAUGUUUGCACCAGUGAAACUCAAAGGGAUAUUGGUCUUUGGUGAGGCCAAUAAGUUGCAUGCAAAUUGUCUUUAAAUAGGAGUAUUGCAAUAUUUGUACAUUGGGUAUUUGUUUGCACUGUACAACAGAAGUUUAUGUAAAAUGUGUAUAUAGUCCCUAGUAUCAAAUUGAAGAUUAGGUUCUACUUUAUUCUUAUUCUUAUGAUAUGCAUCCAUUUGGUUUCCUCCCACUGUUGGUGAUUGUUGCUAUAAGCACCAUAGCACUAUUUUCAUUUAAGAUGUCGACUGCCAGCUGGAGUUUGAGGGGAAGCAAAAAGGUUUGAGCACAAAACCAAAGAGGUUUUUUUUUUUUACAUUUCACUUUAAUGCAUGUCACAGCAGUAACUUGCUUCUACGUUAACUGUAGCUGCUUCUUAACCCCUUCUCACUUAAUGUAUCACUGGAGCUUUUAUUUUUCUCAAUAAGUUGUAUAUUUCCUCUUUAAUAUUAUUUAUGAAACUGUACAUUUUUGAGAAAUUAGCCUUAUGUAAAUACUGACCCGUAGCAAGCCUUUUUACUUUUCCAUUCCAGAAAAUAUAUUGUUUCAUACUUGAAGUUUCCCAUAUUUCCAAUAAAAACAGAAAUGGUAAGUGUCCA